GGGAAGCUCUACCGCUUCUCUUUUUUUUCUCCAGGGGAUGAAGCCUGACUGGACAUAAAUUUCAUUGGUAUACUAUAAUUAAUUAAUUUUAAAACACGUUAAAAGCUAUUUUCCACGUUACUGUUAUGGCACGUUUUUAAGUUUUGAGAAUUGGGGAGACUCAACUUUAGCCUGUCAGCUCAGUUGCAGGGCAAAAUAACCCAACUUCCCGGUUGUCGCUCAGUGAUGAUGUCAUAGUACAUGCGACGAGGUCUCUUCUCCACGCUGUUUACGAAACGUUGGCUACUGCUAAUGGACUGGUGAUCUUUACUUACUCCUGAAGUCCUUAAUCAUGGGGAAAAAGGGCUCCAACUCCACUGGGAACAAAUUUGAAUCAACUCUGACGAAAGGCAUCGCCGACCCGGUCAAAAACUUUGAGAAAUGGAAGAAAAAAUACAACAAGACCAAAGCUCGGGUGAAGCGAGAGAGAGUCCAGAAGAAGCCAGAAUGGCAGGUCGAAAGGGAAUACAUCGCCGGGCUCGUUCGUAAGUACGAGGAUAUAAACGCCAAGGAGGCUGUUAAAUUUUCAGACUUUCCCAUUUCCAAGAAAACCUUGCUGGGUUUACAGGAGGCUCAGUUCAGACAGCCCACUGAGAUUCAGAGACAGACUAUCGGCUUCGCUUUACGAGGCAAAGAUAUCCUCGGUGCAGCAAAGACUGGCUCUGGGAAGACGUUGGCUUUCCUCAUACCGGUGCUGGAGUGUCUUUACCGCCAGCAGUGGAGCUCCAUGGAUGGUCUCGGUGCUCUCAUCAUUUCCCCCACCAGAGAGCUUGCCUAUCAGACCUUCGAGGUCCUCCGCAAGGUGGGCAAGAAUCACGACUUCUCCGCGGGGCUCAUCAUCGGCGGAAAGGACCUAAAGAACGAGUCAGAGAGGAUUCACCGCACCAACAUCGUGAUCUGCACCCCGGGCCGACUGCUUCAGCACAUGGACGAGACAGCCACCUUUCACGCCUCUGACCUCCACAUGCUGGUUCUGGAUGAGGCGGACCGCAUCCUGGAUAUGGGCUUCGCAGAUACGCUCAAUGCCAUCUUGGAGAACCUCCCCAAGACGCGUCAGACGCUGCUGUUCUCCGCCACUCAGACCAAGUCGGUCAAAGACCUGGCCCGGCUUAGCCUCAAAGACCCAGAGUAUGUGUGGGUCCAUGAGAAGGCCAAGUUCAGCACACCGGCUACGCUUGAGCAGAACUAUGUGGUGUGUGAGCUCCACCAGAAGGUCAACAUGCUCUUCUCUUUCAUUAGAAGCCACCUGAAAAAGAAGAUUAUGGUCUUCUUUGCUUGCUGCAAGGAAGUGCAGUACUUAUUUCGAGCCUUCUGCCGCCUCAGACCCGGCAUACCCGUUCUGGCCUUACAUGGCAAGCAACAGCAGAUGAAGAGAGUGGAGGUCUACAAUGACUUCCUGAAAAAACAGAAUGCAGUCCUGUUUGCCACUGACAUUGCCGCCAGAGGCCUUGACUUCCCAGCUGUCAACUGGGUGCUGCAGUUCGACUGUCCAGAGGAUGCAGACACCUACAUCCACAGGGUGGGACGGACUGCAAGAUACAAGGAGGGUGGAGAGGCUCUAUUGCUGCUGCUUCCCUCAGAAGAGUCUGGCAUGGUGAGACAGCUGCAGGAGAAGAAGGUGCCCAUCAAUAAAAUUCAGGUUAAUUCAGAAAAACUGCAGAGUGUCGAGCAGAAGCUGGAGUCCUUCCUGGCCCAGGAGAAGGAGCAGAAAGAGAGAGCUCAAAGGUGUUUUGUUUCCUAUCUGCGCUCUGUUUACCUGAUGAAGAACAAGGAGGUGUUUGAUGUCUUCAAACUCAAACUUCAGGAGUACGCCGGCUCUCUUGGCCUAGCUGUGGCUCCAAGGGUGCGCUUCUUAAAUAAAGCUCAGGCACAGAGAGCUGAGAAAAAAGGACAAAAAGAGGAGGAGUCAUCUGAAGAAGAGGAAGAGGUUAAGGACUUUAAGGCUCAGCUGAGAGGAAACAUUCCUCGUAAGGAUGCUCAAAGGUCAGAGUCCGAAAAUUCAAGCGAUGAUGACGAAGAUGGGAAUGAUCAAGAGCUGCAUCAGUCUAAAACACUUUCUCUGGGAGCAGAUGACAGCAGUGAGGAUGAUGAUCUAAGAGACUUUGACCUCCUUACGGUUAAAAGGAAGGAUGUCUUCAAUCUGGAAGGGGACCAGGAGAGUCCAGAAUCUUCCCAGUCCUUAAAAAAGAAAGUGGUAAAGGAGACAAAGUUUAAAGAAGCCAAAAAGGCCCUGAAGAGAAACUUUCAAGUAAACACCAAAUUUUCCUUUAAUGAAGAAGGAGAAGCUGUACAGCUGUGGCCUCCGGUCCAAAGGAAAGUGGCAGGUGAGGAUGAAGAGGAGGAAGAGUUUUCUGGUAUAAAUGUAGAAAAGGCCAAAGAAAGGCUGAAACGUGAGGACCAGGAGUACGACAAGCAGGAGUACAGCCGCAAAGUGAAAGCCAAACACAGGGAGCAGAGGCUGAAGGCUAAGGCAGCCAGACGAGAGGCCAGCAAGCAGCGUGGAAAGAAAUCUGACGAUGAAGAGGAGGAUGAGGUAGUGGCCUACCUGGCCAAUCACAGCGAUGAUGAGUUUGAUCCCAGCACCUUGCCAGACCCGGAUAAAAUACAGUCAGCUGAGGAGGAAGAGGAGGAGGAGGAUCAGACGAGGUCAGCUAAGCGACAUUAUAGAAGCGAGAGCAGUGAUGAUGAAGAGGAGGAGGUCAUGGUGAAGAAGAGGAAGGAGAAUGAUGAACACACAGCCUUGGACACUGGACUCUCUUUGGCUGAAGAUGAAGAGUUAGUCUUACAUCUGCUUGGAAGAUAAGUGUAGGGAAAGUCGUAGAAAGGAUUUUCAUGGAUCCAAAAACUUUUGGACUAAGCAGUGAAAUAAUUUAAUAUAUAUUUCCUCUCUUUACUCUGUCUGUAGUAUGGAAUAACUUUCAAUUUACUGGAUCCUGCAAUGCUAAAACUUCUACCACCUUUCUCUUUAACCCCCAUUACAACUAGGUGAGCAGUCUUAUUGUCUAUUUUUAGAUAUUUAGUUAAGAAAAAGUGUAAAUGAAAUCUUGGGAUCUACAAAUUUUGAUCAAGACCUCAUAAGCCAGGUUUAAUAAGAAGUCAACUGAUUUUCUUAUUUUUCUUUUUUUUUUUUUUUUUGUUUGUUCAGUCUCACUUUUUAUAAACUGUAUCUCGUCUUUGCCGGUCCAUUGCUGAACUAAAGGGUACAUAUUUGCUGGUAAUGUGAUGUCACUGAAAUACACUGAAUUUGUAAAGGGUCAAAUGCACUCAGAAAAAUAUACCCAUAUCACACAGCUGGUUGAUAUUUGGAAAAGAACAAUCGCUGAAAGGGUUUCAACUUUCAUGUCAUUAAACAAAAGGUUGGUGUUGAGUCACUGUGAGUAACAUAGGGAGACAAAGCAACAAUGUUAUUCAGCAACUACAGCUGAAUGUUUCAGCUGAGUUUCUGUGCUCUCGAUUGUUCUGUUUGAUCUUUUGUACUCUGAAGAUUUUCCUGCUUCUUCCCUAUUCUGCCCUAAAUAUCUAGUAUAUGCCAACACACAAAAUUUUUAUCAUAUUGUGAAAUUAAA